AUGCCCUACUUCGACAUGCGUCAACGCAGCAGCAGCGGGCGUACCUACAUCCUCGCCGCUGUCCUCUGCGUUGGCAUCCUCUAUUUCCUCAUCAGUCUCUCGUCUCCAUCCUCCAUUGACCCAUAUCAACUGGUACGCAAACGUAAGGCUGAUGCCGCAGCCCAGAAUCCACUGUCACCACCCACUUCCGCCUUUCGCAAACUACGCACCGCCGACCCCCCGGGCGUCCGUCGCCCUCCUCCCGUUGUUCAUUAUCAACUUAAUAACUUGACCGCAACGCCUAAUCCACUCCUCAAUAAUGAAAAGAUCCUCAUCCUCACGCCCCUAGCACGUUUCUACCAAGAGUAUUGGGACAACCUACUCAAACUUUCCUAUCCCCACGAGCACAUUUCCCUUGGUUUCAUCACGCCGAAAACACGGGAUGGCGAUGUUGCAACUGCCGCUCUGAACGAAGCCAUCAAGAUUACCCAGUCCGGUCCUGAGCCUCUUCGCUUCCAAUCCGUUACAAUCCUGCGUCAGGACUUUGAAGGCCUGAUCGCUUCGCAAGAGGAGCACGAACGACAUGCCCUCGCUAAUCAAAAAGCCCGUCGCGCCGCCAUGUCACGCGCACGCAACUCUCUCAUCUUCACCACCAUCGGCCCUUCGACCUCAUGGGUCCUCUGGCUAGAUUCCGAUAUCAUCGAGACACCUUCGACCCUCAUCCAAGAUCUCACAUCGCACAACAAGCCCAUAGUUGUGCCCAAUUGUUUCCAGCGUUACACCGACGAAGAGUCUGGCAAGCCGGCAAUCCGGCCUUACGAUUACAACUCGUGGCAAGACAGCGAGGUUGCGCGGCGGUUAGCGGCGCAGAUGAACAAAGACGAUGUUAUCCUAGAGGGCUAUGCCGAGAUGCCUACAUACCGCACGCUGAUGGCCAUGGUGAGCGAGAAGGAGAAUGGCGACCCCGAGAAGAUCAUUCCGCUGGACGGUGUAGGUGGGACAGCACUUAUGGUCAAGGCUGAGGUGCACCGCGAUGGCGCCAUGUUCCCACCGUUUGCCUUCUACAACCUCAUCGAGACGGAGGGUUUCGCCAAGAUGGCUAGCAGGCUGGGGUAUAAGAGCUGGGGGCUACCGAACUACUUGAUUUAUCAUUACAACGAGUGA